GUAUCCCUUGUGAGCCACCUCCAGACGUUCCCAAUGGGAAGCACACGGGCAAGCUGCUGGAUGAAUUCCUCUUUGGCACUGCUGUAACAUACACGUGCAACCCUGGACAUCCGCUCCAUGGAGAGCCCUCCAUCUAUUGCACUACCCUGGACGGGAAGAACGGUGUGUGGAGCGGGCCCCCGCCAUCAUGUGGAGCUGGCUGCAAUGCACCUACCAGGCUGGCAUUUGCUGAGCUGAAGGAGCUGUACAGAAACCAGACCAUCUUCCCCGUGGGGAGGACGGUGGAAUUCGUGUGCCGGCCUGGGUACACCCAGCACAUAGGGAUGUCACCAGCCAUCACAUGCCUCAAGAAUAGGACGUGGUCUGUGGCACUGGAGUUCUGUAAAAGAAAACAAUGUGCUAACCCAGGGGAUCCAGAGAAUGGCCAAGCCAUUGUCCUGACAGACCUCCUCUUAGGAUCCAAAGUCAAUUACACUUGCAACAAAGGGUACAAGUUGGUUGGAGGCUCUCAGAGAACAUGCGAGGUCGCUGGCACAAGUGUCUCGUGGAGUGGAGAUGCUCCUGCCUGCCAGCGUAUCACCUGUGGCCCACCUCCAAACAUCUCCCAUGGGACACACAGUGGGCACUCGAGGGACACCUUCUCCUAUGCGGAUGUGGUCACCUACACCUGCAACCCAGGCCACCCUCUGGCUGGAGAGCCCUCCAUCAUCUGCAGCACAGCAGAUGGGGAGCACGGCGUGUGGAGCGGGCCGCCACCGCGGUGCGGAGCAACUGGCUGCAAAAGACCAGAGAUCAAGAAUGGAAGAUCAGCUGGGCUGGAGACCAUGUACAAACUCAUGGAUACUGUUGUCUUCGAAUGUGAUUUCGGUUAUGCCUUGAAGGGGUCUCGAGAGUCUCAGUGUCAGUUUGGGGGCAAGUGGAACCCUCCUGUUCCCACCUGUGAAAAGAUGCUACAGUGUCCUUCCCCUCCAAAUAUCAAAAAUGGCCAUCAUGACAGCAAGGAUGUGAAGGUGUUUGUCCCAGGAGUAUCUGUGAAGUACUACUGUGACACGGGGUACGUCCUCACUGGGAAAACAACAGUUUCUUGUUUGACAUCUGGAACCUGGAGCAUCCCUUACCCGCGGUGUGAAGUGAUCACCUGCACAAGCCCCAGCAUCCAGGAUGGAGAAGUGGCUGAAGGACAGAGCACUGUCUACCACCCUGGGGCCAAUGUCACCUUCCAGUGUCACUCAGGCUAUGUGCUAUGGGGCAGUCGUGAAGCCAAGUGCCAGCCUGAUGGUCGCUGGGUGCCUGCUGUCCCUAUCUGCAAGCCAGCACGGUACUGCUCCAAGCCUGCAGAUAUUGCCCAUGGUUCUCUCAGUGGCCCAGCAAAAACGUUUUUCACUCCUGGAACAUCUAUAAGCUACAUCUGUGAGGCUGGCUUCUCUCUCAUUGGGACAGCAACCAUGUAUUGCACACAGGCUGGAGCCUGGAGCCAUCAUCCUCCGCUCUGUCAAGUUGUGAAGUGUCUCCGUCCUCCAAACAUCACCAAUGGGAAGCUCAAAGGCAACAUCUCUGACACUUUUUCCUAUGGAGCAUCUGUAUCCUACAGCUGCAAUCCUGGUUAUUCACUCAUUGGGAAUGCUUUCAUCAACUGCACGUUGAAAGGAACCUGGAGCCAGCCUCCUCCUCAGUGCAAAGAGAUCAGAUGUGUAUUCCCAGAACUUCAAGGUGUUAAGAAAGCCAUUCGAGGAAACACUUAUCGCUCUGGGACUAACAUCACUCUUGAAUGUGAUGACGGUUACACCUUGGAAGGCAACAAUCAGAUUCAGUGCCAAGAAGACUUCAGCUGGGACCCCCCUGUACCUGCCUGUAAACUGAUGUCACAAAAGUCUGGUUCGGUAGGUGUAGGAGUUGUAGCUGCAGGAGUCCUGCUUCUCCUGGGGGCUGGCAUUGUCUGGAAAAUUAUUUCCAAGCAGAAGGAAGGCUAUUAUGAUACGUAUGAAAACCACAGCUACCAAACCCCUCUGAACGAAAUAACUGAACAGAAAUGUUCGUGUCUUCAGUAG